AUGUCUCAGCCAAAUCCCUACGAGCGCAUUCAAAUCGAUACAAGCGACGACGACUCCUCCAUCGACACCGAAUCUCUCCUAGGCUCCAACCUCUCUUUCGCGAGCUCAGUCCGCGACUACUGCUACGAAAAUGGCCGCCGCUAUCACGCCUAUCGGCACGGGCAAUACCCCUUUCCGAACGACGAAGAAGAGCAAGACCGUCUCGCCAUCAUGCACCAUCUUUUCAAGCUGCUCAGUGGCGGUGAUCUCUAUCGCGCCCCAAUAGCCCGUGACGGCCCCCCGCUCCGCAUCCUGGACGUCGGCACCGGCACUGGCGAAUGGGUCCUCGAAAUGGCUGAGGAUCACCCAUCCGCCGAAAUUCUCGGCACUGACCUAAGUCCCAUCCAGCCCAACUGGGUGCCGCCCAAUUGCCGCUUCUUGAUCGAUGAUGCGGAGUCUGAUUGGACUUUUUCCUCGUCAGAGGCGUUCGAUUAUAUUCACGCCCGUAGUAUGGGUGGGGGCAUUGGUGAUUGGCCCAGGUUUCUUCGGCAAGUGUAUGCGCAUCUGAAACCGGGGGGUUGGUUUGAGGCGCAGGAGUUUGAGGCUUGGGUUCUUUCGGAUGACGAGACACAUUUAAAGGCGACUGCCGUUAUGGAUUGGCAGGAUCGCUUAAAUGAGGCUAGUACGAAGUUUGGGAAGCUGAUGAAUAUCGCGCCGCGGCUUGCGGGCUGGAUGGAGGAGGGGGAGGCGCUGACACGAUCACAGUGCCCGGUUGGCGGUUGGGCGAAGAACCCCCGGUUAAAAGAGAUCGGCCGCGUGGGCAAAAUCACCAUUCUCGAGGUCGUCGAGCCGUACACGCUGGCUCUGUUUACGCGCAUCUUGGGGUUCAGUUUCCAGGACGCGCAGGAGUAUAUGGACAAAGUGCGAGCUGAGUUGGUGAGCAGCAAGUUCCAUCUCUACGUGCUGUUUCAUUUUGUCUAUGGGCAGAAGCCUAUGGAUGAGCCGAAUGGCCAAUCGCCGGCUUCAUAA